AUGUAUUUGUGUAUAUCUUUACUUCUAGCUAAUAUUGCUAAUCAUGGUCUCUAUGAUGGUAUUAGUAUUGUCUGUUCAAAUGGUAAUUGUCAACACCAUACUACUAUUAUUGCGGGAAGUAUAAUUGGAGGUGGUACUGGAAUAAUUCUUCUCUUUAUAGUCACUUUACUUUGUUGUCAUCAUGCUAAAGGUCGACCAUUACAAACAAAUUUAAAAUUCGUUAAUUCAACAAAUCAUAAAAUAUAUAAACAUGAAUUAUACGAUGUAACUAUUUUUACAUCUGGUAUUUGGUCUAGUCGACAUUAUCAAUCUGGAAUGUGGCAUAGUUUUUCUUACUUUAUGCUUUCAUUCGAUUCUAAAUUAUUCAAAGUUGCUGGUUCAGGAUUAGAUAAUAUCGGUAUAUUUACGAUUGAUGGAACUUAUUCAAUUGAAACUGGACGAAUGGGUUUAAUAAAAACAUAUCAAUUAGGAAUGAAGAAACGAACAGAAAAUUUUAAAUAUCAAAUGAUAAUUCAACUUACUUGGAACUCAGAAACAUAUCAAUUCGAAGGCAAAUGGUAUGUACAAACAAAUAAAUAUCGUGGAACAGAUAAAUUUCAACUUAAAUUUACUAAACAACAAUCUUCUCCAACCAAUAAAGAAAAUUCAAUGUGUUAA